UGACAACAACAAGCUGCUAUUCCAGAUUAGAGAGAGAGGGACAGAGAAAGGCACAGACAACAGGGUUGGGAGAGGCCAAAUUACCUAUUACAGCCAAAAGUGGGCAUGGGGCUAUUUUUAACGCCCAGGGGGGUGUAUUUAUUGUUCCAGCCAGGGGGAGUGAGGGAGUGCCUCUGGGACACCCCUCGCAGUGACAUCGGCGGCUGAGCGAAGCCAUGGCACCCAAGAAAGCCAAGAAGAGGGUUGAAGGUGCUAAUUCCAAUGUCUUCUCCAUGUUUGAGCAGGCCCAGAUCCAGGAAUUCAAAGAGGCAUUCACCAUCAUGGAUCAGAACCGGGACGGCUUCAUCGACAAGGCGGAUCUGAGAGACACCUUUGCUGCCCUCGGGCGCCUGAAUGUGAAGAACGAGGAGAUCGAUGAGAUGAUAAAGGAGGCACCCGGCCCCAUCAACUUCACCGUGUUCCUCACCAUGUUUGGGGAGAAGCUCAAGGGUGCCGACCCAGAGGAGACAAUCCUGAAUGCAUUCAAGGUGUUUGAUCCAGAGGGGAAAGGCCUGAAAUCUGCCUACAUCAAAGAAAUGCUGAUGACGCAGGGGGAGAGGUUUUCCCAGGAAGAGAUCGAUCAGAUGUUCGCUGCCUUCCCUCCGGACGUGUCUGGCAACCUGGAUUACAAGAACCUGGUCCAUGUCAUUACUCACGGUGAAGAGAAGGACUAGCCCAGGCUCAGGGCUGGGGCUGGCACUGCAAGAUCACCUCUCCCUAGGUCACACGGGGGUUCCCUUUCCUCUUCCCCUGGAGAGGCACUUGCCUGGGAAUUUGGCACGGGAAUGGCAUUCACAUUAAAUGGCCUUUUGGCAAGAGGAAAUCCA